GCCACAUAUUGCAAAGCACAAUAAAUUGAUUAAAUUCAAGUUUUUAAAAAUUUCAGAAAUUGAUGUUCUAUCUAACUCAUCUCAUGCAAUAAAUAAUAAAUAUAACUUGAAAUACAACAUAA